GCUGUCACACCACCGCCGCUUUUUCCCGCUAUAGGUACGUAGGAAUCCGACUUCCUAUGAGAUGCCCGAACCGGUUCGCUCUGGAAACGGACCGCAAUGACUUGCAACUGCUGAUGCCUUUUGACUACUGCCGUAAUGAAUAUGAGAGUGACAUGUCCAAAUUAGACAAUUUUAGCAACGAACGAUUUUCAAAUGAUACGGCAGCCUUAUACACCGAGCUGAAAAAGUAAUAUUUCGGAAACUGCUAAAGUUAAAGCCUCUUCUAACCAAUCCAUUUUUUUAGUUUUACGCUUAGAUGCGAAAUAUCGAUUCUUAGCCGGGAAUGUAAAGUUCGCCACGAAUCAAGUGUUGUUAAGUUCCUACGCUGUCGAUGAACGCGGCUCACAUCUCGCCGCAGUGUUCCCGGAAGGCAGCGUGUGUAGGUACACACGUUUAUCGUGUUUUCGUGCGACACUCCCCCGGCACGUGACCCAGCCCGGCGCCACCUCCUGAAGGUCAGCUCUUGAUGACACCUGGCGUGCGCGAGCCCCCAUCUCGAGAACGUCUGAUUGGCGAAGAGGAUCGACAACGCCCCUGUCUAGUGUUGUGUAAUGAAGCCCAUCCAACACCCCUGGCGCUUCUCGGUUCGCGCUGGAGAAGAGAAUCUGGGAUCGGUGAAGCUAUGUCGUCCUGUUUCACCGCUCUCAUUUCUCUCACAGUUCUUUCACUGUCUGUCGUCCUUUACAUCAUCAAAUAUGAAUGUCGAGUUACUUAUUAUAUGUAUGCAAGCUCCGGCGGAAGAAAGCUUCCAUCUCCUUAAAUAGCUUCCACGAUUCAGCAGCGGAGGACUUCGGGCGCACGACCUUACUGGAGUGCAACUAUACGAUGGCACACUCUCGUUCGGUGACCGGCUCCCACGAGCCAUGGGAGCUGCCCAGAUGCGCCGGGCGUCCUGCCGCGUAUAAAGAGGGCUCGACUGUUUGACGCCUCAGGACUCCGUGGGGACGGACUCAUCGCGGGGCCCCUACACUAUCAGUUCCAAAAUGGCGGUCGCUGGGCUGCUCCUGCCGCUACUGGCAGCUGUUUUCGCGCCAGAUGUUGUCAGUGCGACGGGAGCGUGCGCCCAAAAGGGCAUCAUCGACGAACACACCGUCUGGAACGAGGGCAUGUCGGCCAACCUCAACAUCAAGUUCCCGAGCGCUGUCACUAGUUGGCAAGUGAAGAUGACCUUCGACCAUGCACUUUCUGACUUCGAGACCUGGGAAGCCAUUGCCUCAACUACGGACAACGUUCUCUAUACCUUGGACAACGCGCCAUUCGAUGGGAACCAACCGGCUGGAGCCGAGCUUUCAAUCGCCUUCAACGCCUACUUCUCCAGCAAGGCUGAGGUCACCAGCGUGACGCUGAACGGCGUCGAGCAGUGCGGAGGUGGAGGCACCACGCUGCCGCCGCCGACGGGCCCGACCCAGCCCCAGCCGACCGGGGGACCCACCGAAGGACCCACCAAGCCUCCUCCACCACUACCUUACGACUACCAGGAGGUGCUCGAGAAGUCCCUCCUCUUCUACGAGGCCCAGCGCUCUGGCCCUCUGCCUCCUGACAACAGGAUCCCGUGGCGCGGCGACUCGGCGAUGAACGACCGCGGAGAGAACGGCGAGGACCUGACCGGCGGCUACUACGACGCCGGCGACCACGUCAAGUUCGGAUUCCCGAUGGCGGCCUCCAUGACGGUGAUGGCCUGGGGCGCCAUCGACUUCGCCAGCGGCUACGCCGGUGCCGGACAGAGCAACUACGUCAAACAGGCCGUCAAGUGGGGAACCGACUUCUUCAUCAAGGCGCAUGUCGGUGACACAGACUUCUAUGGUCAGUGUGGCAACGGAGAUGCCGAUCACGCCUUCUGGGGCCGCGCUGAGGACAUGAACAUGGACCGUCCCGGCUACAAGAUCACGGCUGGCGGACCGGGCUCUGACCUGGCCGGAGAGACGGCUGCCGCUCUCGCCGCUGCCGCCGUCCUCUUCAAGGACUCUGAUCCCGGCUACUCUGACACUUGUAUACAGCACGCUAAGCAGCUGUUUGAGUUCGCUGACGGACAUCGUGGCAAGUACCAGGAUUCUAUCUGGGACGCCAGCAACUUCUACGGCUCCAGUGGCUACGGUGACGAGCUCGCGUGGGCGGCGGCCUGGAUCUACCGCGCUACUAACGACCAGACUUAUCUGGACAAGGCCAAGGGCUUCUUCCAGGAGUUCUCCGAUCUGAACGGACGUCCCAGCGAGUUCUCUUGGGACAGCAAGCACGCGGGUGUUCAGCUUCUCAUGUAUCAGCUCACGGGUGACUCCUCGUAUGGAUCCAUGGUCACCCAGUUCUGUGACUGGGUCAAGAACGAAGCGCCGCGUUCUCCCAAGGGCAUGGUCUACCUCAAUAUGUGGGGCUCCCUCCGGCACGUGGGCAACGUCGCCUUCAUCUGUCUGGGUGCCGCCAAGAACGGGCUCAACUCUGAUGCCUAUAACGACUUCGCCAUCCAGCAGCUCAACUACAUCCUGGGAGACGGCGGGCGCAGCUACGUGGUCGGCUUCGGCAACAACCCUCCGGUGCGCGCGCACCACGCCGGGGCUUCGUGUCCGGACGCACCGGCGCCCUGCGGCUGGGACCAGCUGCACACCUCGGAGCCCAACCCGCACGUGCUGUACGGCGCGCUGGUCGGCGGACCCGACCAGUACGACGCUUACGAGGACAACCGCGACGACUACAUCAAGAACGAGGUGGCGUGCGACUACAACGCUGGUUUCCAGAGCGCCAUCGCCGGUGUUCUGUCCCUCUACUAACUUGGGUGAUGCCACGGUUGAAACUGUGGGCACAUUGUGAUAUCGCUGUGACCUGUGGUCGCCCUGGAAAUGCAUUUAAAACUGUUCAAGUUCGCCUGCCCAAGUUAUUUAGGGGAUGUUCGUUUACCAAUAAAUGUCAACAGGGUG